UCAAGCACUAUAAAUACCCAUGCAGCAUUCACUGGAAAGUCAUCUCAACUCAAGCAGUCCAUAGUGUUAGCUCACAAUGGCAGGCACAAAGCUCGUAUCACUGGGGCUCAUUGUCCUCAUGAGCAUAGGAUUAGCCAAUGCUGUUAGGGUGGCUAGAUACUCUAGUGCUGAUGGGACUGGCACAGGCCAGGGAGGGGGUGGUGGAUAUGUGAAUGGUGGGGGAUCAGGGUCUGGGUCUGGCACCGGAUCAGGUGAUAGUGGCCCUUAUGGUUCCCAUGCAAGUGCUGGAGGGGGCGGUGGAGGUGGUGGAACUAGCCAAUACGGUGGGUCUGGAUAUGGUUCAGGGUCAGGGUCAGGUUCAGGGUCUAGUACAUAUAGUCAAGGACGGUAUUCUGGCUAUGGAGAGUCUUCUAAUGCUGGUGGUGCCGGUGGGGGUGGGGGUGGAGGACAAGCUGGAGGUGCCUGGAAUUCUAAUGCUCAAGGAUCCGGUAGUGGCACCGGUUCUGGCUCUAGCUAUGCUAACAGGUAUUGGUAUGGAUCAAAUCAAGCAGGUGCACGUGCUAAUGGCAAUGGUGGUGGCACAGGAAAUAGUCAAAAUGGUGGCGGUGGCGGCGGUUCUGGUGCCGGAACUGGAUAUGGCAAUGCCUACCCAUAAACUCCUUAUAAUAAGCCAAUCUGAAGUUGGACCAUCGUAGUAUUUCCUUGCUUGAAGUCGUAGAGUUAUUUGUUUUCUUUGUCCCUUUGUUACACUUUUGUUAGCAGUGAAUUAAUAAAGGGUCCAACUGCUCUAGCAACAGUAGCAGUCUUGUAAGGUCCUUAUAUGAAGAUGUUGUAACCAUGUCUGUUUGUGAAAGGAAAAAAUAACUUAUGCAUCAUGUGGCCACUGCAUCUAAAAAAAUUCUUAUGUUC